CAUCUCCCAGUGGCCCCUGCGCUUCUGGCUGGUAAGAUGGUGGCGCGCGGUAGGAAACGCGCGGCGGGGGACCCCGAGGGGCGCCUCACGAGCCCGCCGGGCUACUCAGCCAUUCCAAUCAAGUUCUCAGAAAAGCAGCAGGCUUCUCAUUACCUCUAUGCCAGGGAACACAGAGUUCGCCAAGGUGCCCAGUCCAGCUGGCCGCAGAAGCGCACCCUGUUUGUCCUCAAUGUGCCGCCGUACUGCUCGGAGGAGUGCCUGUCGCGCCUGCUGUCCCCCUGCGGCGCCGUCCAGUCUGUGGAGCUGCAGGAGAAGCCGGACCUUGCGGAGAGCUCAAAGGAACCGAAGUCCAAGUUUUUCCACCCUAAGCCCCUCCCGGGCUUCCGGGUGGCCUACGUGGUGUUCCAGAGGCCCAGCGGAGUGGCCGCCGCCUUGACGCUGAAGGGCCCCCUGCUGGUCUCCACUGAGAGUCACCCGGUGCAGAGUGGCAUUCGCAAGUGGAUCGAUGACUAUGUGGACUCGGUGGCUGACCCCGAGGCCCUAAGAGUCGAGGUGGACACGUUCAUGGAGGCCUACGACAAGAAGGUCGCUGAGGAGGAGGCCAAGGCCAAGGAGGAGGACGGCGUCCCCGACGAGGAGGGCUGGGUGAAGGUGACGCGCCGGGGCCGGCGGCCCGUGCUGCCCCGGACGGAGGCCGCCAGCCUGCGGGUGUUGGAGCGGGAGCGGCGGAAGCGGGCGCGCAAGGAGCUGCUCAACUUCUACGCCUGGCAGCACCGCGAGACCAAGAUGGAGCACCUAGCACAGCUGCGCAAGAAAUUCGAGGAGGACAAGCAGAAGAUUGAGCUGCUGCGGGCCCAGCGCAAGUUCCGGCCCUACUGAGCUGCGGGGCCGGGCCAAGGGGCGCCGGCUGUGAGGACACGUGGGCCCCUGGUCCUGGGCCCUCGGGACGCAGCUGUCACCCCACCCCCGCCUGCCCCCUUCUCCCGGUCCUGUCGUUCCUCAGGGACCCUGCGGCAGGGAAGCAGCCCGUGGGAGUGAGGGACAGGGACGGUUUAUUUCCCUCCCAGUGGCAGCACAGGGGGCUCUGGAAACGCAGGGGUACUGUUCCCAGCCCCGCUUCCUUCCCACACCCCAGGUCUGGACUCUUCGCCCUUUAUUUCCUUUCUGCGGUACUGGGCCCUGAGCCCAAGGUCUUCACACUGAGCCACAUCCCCAGCCCUUUCUAUU